CACUCUAUCCUCGCACCCACAUUCUUCUGGAUGUCUUUCUUCAAACCUCAAGCCCAGAAGGCAAAAUCAACAGCAAAACAUGUUCUUGAUCCAGAGCUUCAACCAUGGGUUGAGAAAUACCGCCCCAAAACCAUUGACGACGUGUCGGCUCAGCAACAUACGAUGGCCGUUCUCCGGAAAGCUCUCUCAUCCUCAAACCUUCCUCAUAUGCUGUUUUAUGGUCCUCCAGGAACAGGAAAGACGUCGACAAUUCUUGCAUUAGCAAGACAACUUUUCGGACCAGAUAACUUUCGCAGUCGCGUUCUCGAAUUAAAUGCAUCGGAUGAGCGUGGCAUAUCCAUUGUACGUGAGAAGAUAAAGAAUUUCGCGCGUCAAACACCUCGGGCGAAGAUGGUCUCUUCAGAUGGAAGGGAAUAUUCGUGUCCGCCAUAUAAAAUCAUUAUUCUUGAUGAAGCAGAUUCAAUGACACAGGAUGCACAAGGUGCCUUGCGUAGGAUAAUGGAGACGUAUGCUCGAAUAACACGGUUUUGCCUGGUGUGUAACUAUGUUACAAGAAUAAUAGAACCCCUCGCAUCGCGUUGCUCCAAAUUUCGAUUUACUCCUCUUGACCAGAAAUCUUCCUUUAGCAGAUUAUCACAAAUCGCAAGCGCGGAGCAUAUUAAUAUGGAAGACGAUGUCGUCAACGCACUCAUUACUAAUUCUUCUGGUGAUCUUCGACGUGCUAUCACCUAUUUGCAAACAGCUCAUCGUCUCUCCGCUUCAACACAACCUCCCACUCGUAUCACUCCUCGAGAUAUCCAAGAAAUAGCGGGGAUAGUACCUGACGAUGUUAUCAAUGACUUUGUUCGAGUUCUUGGUAUCGAAGUUCCCGGGACUAUGGACAUAGACGACGAACAACCGAAAACAACUCGUUUCGACGCCAUAAAAAGGAAAGCAAAGGAAAUAAGUCGGGAGGGGUAUUCUGCCACUCAAGUCCUUUCUCAGGUUCACGAUGUAGUUGUCAUGCAUCCAUCGCUGCAGGCUCGACAGAAAUCAGCAUGCACUUUGAUUUUCGCGGAAGCAGACAAAGCCCUCUGUGAUGGUGCCGAUGAAGAGCUGUGGACACUGGAGAUAGCUCUUAGAGUUCACAAGGCCGUUUCUUCGACGUAGUCACGAUAUUCCUUCC